GAAAGAAGCAAAGAAACAAAGGAGUGAUAGGAAGGAAGGGAGGAAGGAAAGAAAGCAGAAAGGAGGAGAGAAAGCAGCUUCCAGAAACAGGCCUCGGCCAGGAGCCCAGCACAGCGACACAGGACGACUCGAUGCUGUGCAGUAUGCGGCCCAGCUCACCCAGACCUUCUGGUCCGGGCAGUGAGGACGCAGCGGUCACCGGGACUCAAGGCCAGCGCACGGCGGUGACAGAGGACAGACUUGCAACCGAGACUCCCUGCAGGUCCGGGAUGAUGGGGGCUGUGGGACAGCAACAACGGGGGGCCGGCGGGCGGACCUACACUCCGUCCUUCAGUUCACGGUCACCCAGCACGCAGUCCCCAGAAGGCCACUGUGGGGCCCGCCUCGCCCUGCAAGGGUCAUGGCCUUCCCUGCUUUCCCACCAGCUGUACCGGUGGCCCCCAGGCUGCCUGCACCACUCCUUGGCCUCCAGCACCCUGGUCACCCUCCUCACCCUCCUCCUCCAGCUGCCUAGCACGUCAUCCAUGCACCAAGUCCAACAGCAUCAACUGGUGCCCGAGUUCCAGCUGGCUGUGUCCCUGUGGCUCCAACACCGAAAAGAAAUAAACCUCUCUAGACUUGUCUGCCACCAGGCCACCAGAAGCUUCUCCUCGGAGGCUGUGAAGUGUGGGACGGGCGACAGGCUGCGGCCACCUGCGCCGGCUGCGCGCGGCCCCCGAGUGUGGGACGGGCGACAGGCUGCGGCCACCCGCGCCGGCUGCUCGUCCCGGAGGGAAGCGGGGCCGCCACCUCCCGGCGCCGCGGCCGAGCCCCUCCUGACGCCGGGAGGCCGAGGCCGGGCUGCGCGGGGGGUUGUGGCCGCUGCGGGCCUCCCCGUUCGGGGGGCGGGAGCCCAGGGACUCCCGUGUCUGGUGAACAGUGUUCACCCAGAAUGUCGAUUCCAUCUGGAAAUACAGGAGGAAGAGACAAAAUGUGCAGAGCUUCUGAGGACUCAGACAGACAAACACAAAGCCUGCGCCGGCGUCUGGGACAACAUCACGUGCUGGCGGCCGGCGGAUGUAGGCGAGACCGUCACGGUGCCCUGUCCGAGAGUGUUCAGCAACUUUUACAGCAAACCCGGAAACAUAAGCAAGAACUGCACAAGUGAUGGGUGGUCAGAGAUGUUUCCAGAUUUCAUAGACGCGUGCGGGUAUAAUGACCCUGAGGACGAGAGCAAGAUCACGUUUUACGUUCUGGUGAAAGCCAUUUACACGCUGGGCUACAGUGUCUCCCUGAUUUCGCUUACAACCGGAAGCAUAAUUCUUUGUCUCUUCAGCCCCGACCAGCCAUCCUCCUGGGUCGGCUGCAAGCUGAGCCUGGUGCUCUUCCAGUACUGCAUCAUGGCGAACUUCUACUGGCUGCUGGUGGAGGGGCUGUACCUGCACACCCUCCUGGUGGCCAUAUUCUCGCCCGGCCGACGCUUCGUAGCCUAUCUCCUCAUCGGGUGGGGCAUCCCCACCAUCUGCACAGGUGCGUGGACUGCGGCCAGGCUCUCCUUAGAAGACACAGGUUGCUGGGAUACCAAUGACCACAGUGUUCCCUGGUGGCUUAUACGAACACCAAUUUUAGUAUCUAUUAUAGUCAAUUUUGUCCUUUUUGUUAGUAUCAUACGAAUCUUACUCCAGAAGCUGACAUCCCCAGACAUUGGCGGCAAUGACCAGUCACAGUAUAAGAGGCUGACCAAGUCCACUCUGCUGCUCAUCCCCCUGUUCGGGGUGCACUACAUGGUGUUUGCUGUGUUCCCCAUUGGCAUCUCCACCAAGUACCAGAUACUGUUUGAAUUGUGCAUCGGAUCAUUUCAGGGCCUGGUGGUGGCGGUUCUCUACUGUUUUCUCAACAGUGAAGUGCAGAGCGAGCUGAAGAGGAAGUGGCGGGGCUGGUGCCCGAGCCGGCCCUGCGGCCAGGACUACCGGCUCCACGGCUUGUCCGUCUCGAGGAACGGCUCAGAAAGCGCCCUGCAGCUCCACCGGGGCUCCCGCGCCGCGUCCUUCCUGCAGACAGAGACCUCGGUCAUCUAGUGUGCCACCACGCACCCCGCCCUGCCUGCAGAGAGAGACCGCGGUCAUCCAGUGUGCCUCCACACUGCAGAUGGACUCCCCAGAGCCCUUGGGACUCCCCUGGCAGGAGCAGCCCACAGAAAAGUCCUUGGUAACCUGAUAGAGCUGGCCUCUGCUUAUCCCCUCGGGGGACUGGGUUACAUUGUAACUGGGAUUAAAUCUGGUUAGUGUUAAACUCCAGCAUGUAGGUAAUUUUGCUCAUAAUGUUGUUUGGCAGAACUGACCCAUUUUCAAAGAGAAUAGGGAGAUGGAGAUGGUCCUUGACCAGAACUUGGGUCCAACCAUUAUGGAAGGAAAACAAGAGAUUUUCUAAUCUUGAUGCCAGUUCUGGGCAGGAGGCAUGGGCCUGACCUGGGGACUGGGCCCUCCCUCUGCAUGACCCCCACCAUGACCCCCACCACCGGCCGGUCCCCAUUUGGGCACGCCCUCUUGUCUGCAGAAGCCUGCUUAGAUUUCCGGGAGGCCGGCCAGCCCAAGUGGAGCCGCCCCUGCUGGGUGCCCCAGGGCCCCCUCUCCUACCGGCCGGCCCAAGGAGAAUGCAGAGCAGGUGCCAGAGGGUCACAGCAGGGGUGAGAGUGAGGAGAAGGUGCCAAAGGGUCACAGUGGGAGUGGUGUGCCGCCCCUCAAGGGCGUCUGUGCUUAUGAGGGCCCGCAACCAGCAACCAGACUUCAUGAGGCCACUUCAGGCCUCUUCCCCCAAAAGCAGUGAGAAGCCUGGGUGACCUGUGGCCGGGCUUGUAGGACCUGGUCAUUGGGGCGACAAAGACACUAGGCAUUUUAUCUGGUGGUUGCAGAAACCUAUUCUCCUUUUAAUGAAAAUCAUCUGAAAGUCAUUUCUGUUUAAAUGGAGAAUUAUUCUGUGUAAACAA